AUGGACAACUCUUAUUAUUGGUAUGCAGACAAGUGUUUUUCCAAAUACUGGCACCAUUAUAAUGAUGCCAGACAGUGGUACAUGAACCAUUUGCAUUACCUAAAUGCUGUUAACAGUUCUUUAUGCUAUCUUCCCCAAACGGCUUCAGCUCCUCUACAACCGCGGAGUUCAUUAUCACAAACAGGUGGAUGGAAAUACAGGAAACACAAGAAACAGAAAAAAAAGACUGUCACCCAGAGGCAAUCAUGUAAGUCUGUUACUUCUUCAAGAGAGACAGGCUUGUCUAGUCAGGGAGAAGAAGAAUUCCAAGUAGAAAUUACAGAUGCCUGGCGAGAAUUUCUUGUCAAAUCCAGUGAGUUGAAGAAAAAAAAAGAAAUGACAAAAACAAUGGAGAAUAAUUCACAUGACGACCAGUGUAUAAAUAUUGAAGACUUAGCUGACCAACCAAGAGAAGCCAGUCAUCUACCCCCAUCAGAACGUCCUGGAGCUCGUCGUACACUUCAAAUGAAACAACUUUAUGGAAAAGAGGCUGGAAUCAUUCAUGGCAUGGAAACUGCCCUGCAGAUGGAGUUUGACCGUAUUGUUGAUAUGGUCCAACCUAAAUUAUGGCCAAACAUGCCUCUAAAAUGUACUUUUCAUUAA